CCUGUACGCUGUGCAGAGGACAGUAAACAACCGCCCUGUUUUUUACUGUAGCCUAUGCGAAAGAUCAACGGUUAGAAUAUGACAUUUGCACACUGAAAGCUGACGAAAAUGAAACCCUUUCAACCUUUUGCAUGCUCGUGAAUAUUCAUGAGUAGAAUUAGGCUGCGGUAACGACGAGGCUACGGGUUUGGUAUGACGCGGAGCGCCUACGGGAUGAAAUGUGGACGUGUUACUUUGUUGCAGCUACUGAACGAUUGUGCCUAAUAGUCGGGAUUUAGGGAACAUUUUACGCAUCGAAAGGGUCUGGCUGUAGUUGCUGUAAUCGGGGAAAGGUGAUUUCCUAUACCACAUUACAAACGCAUAAAAAAAUAUAUAUAUAUUUAUUGUGAAAAAUACACCUUCGAAUAUUUCCAACAUUCCAAUAGUAGCCUUUUCUAUUAUAUUUAUCAUCCAAAUUAUGUUGAUAUUGAAGAAAAUGUUGUGUUGUAACACACUGUUGGGUUCUAAUAGAGCCUAAACAGAGUGCAGAAUGGUAUCUUUUAGACAUAUCUCUAAUGCACAAAACACACUGGCCUCUCUGCCACAAUAUCCAGCAUAUUUCGACUCGAAUAUUCUUUAGAAAAGAGAGGAGAAAAGAGGAUAUUUAUCGUGGAUAUCUUUUCCGUUUUAAAUUGAAGCAGAAGGCAAAAACCACACUGUUCCCGUCUCUCCCACCCCCGAUCUGGCGGUGGCUGGUUGGUUGUAACCUUCUUGGCAAAGGUUCAAGUAGUGAUUAAAUUAAAUAAAAUAAAAAUGGGGGCGACGGAGACUGGCGUGACUGAGCAUGCGCUUGAGGGGGCUGCCGUCGAAGAAUGAAGUAAAUAGAAUGUUGUCGGUGCCCGGGCGGUGACGUCACCUCUCCACACCGGGACUGGGCUGAGCGGAGGCUGUAGGCGAGGCAGUAAGAGAGACAGAUAGAGGACGCGUCAGUCGUAGUAGUCUAAAAAAACAUCCUCCCUGCUGUCAUGCACUUCUAUUUGUAACUUAAUUGUUUGUUGCUAUAGUCAGGAGACCGACGGAGAGGAGUAGAGGACGUAUUAUUCUUUUUGAGAGACGGAAGGACCUGUGUCUGAUUUCUAAAAAGGACUAGGAGAUAUCCACACACAGAGACCUGGGUUAGAGAGAGAUUUAACGUCGUUUUUCGGUGAAAGGGAAGCUAUGUCGUCCGCGACGGUAGCUGCUUCAAGAAGGCAGUCUUGUUAUUUAUGCGACCUGCCCCGCAUGCCCUGGGCUAUGAUCUGGGAUUUUACCGAGUCCAUCUGCAGGGGAUGUGUCAACUACGAAGGAGCUGACCGGAUCGAGUUUGUGAUUGAGACAGCCCGGCAGCUGAAGCGGGCUCACGGUUUACAGGAGGGGAGAUCUCCGGGGCCCGCUAAACAGCAGCAGCUCUCGGGGAAAGAAAUCCAUGCUAAUCACCACGGGUCUGGAGGAGACAACGGUUCCCGACCACCUCAGCCCCUUGACCGCUACCCCCUCUCCACCUCGGACCGUCCUCCGCGGCUGGGGCCGGAGUACCAGUCUGGGAGACAGGCUAACGGCAUUCCGGUACCUAAUGGAUUUCCUAAACCGGACGAUCCACCAGAGCUUAACCGGCAGAGCCCAAACCCGCGCAGGAAUAACACGGUUCCCCCUAAUCUAGUGCCUUUGGUGAACGGGAACAUGUCCUCCGUGCACGCCGUUAACGGCCGACCGAUGGGGCACCCGGGGUCAGGUUUGAUGGCUGGUAGCCCCAACGGGCACGGCGGUAAGCGCCCGGCCUCGUUCUCCAGCAUCGAGCAACACGAGAAGGAUAAGCACAGACCGGACAGCCUGACGCCGGAGAUAGAGAACCACAAACAAAGGACGGAUGACUGGAUGAACAAGGGGAAAACGGUCAGGGACUUGAUGGCUCUCCAUACCUUCGACAACAGGUUCAAGAAGGAUCCUGUCUCCAUGCAACAGAGGGUGAUGGGCUAUGAGCAACAACAGAACGCCGCAGCUUCUAAAUCAGACAGGGGAAAACACCCGCGGACCAUGAAGAGGAAAGCAUCGCCGGAACCGGAGGGAGAGAGAGAGGGAACCGCCGCCAAGCAUAACGGAGAGGACAGACAGCAGUGGUUACCGGGUCCACUGUCUGACCGUGACGGACAUAAAAUGCCCCCGGGACCACCACCAAGCUUCUCCUCCGUCCCCACCAUAUCCCCCCACUCACGCACCACCCCACCGGAAGCUGCGCAGAACGGCCAGUCCCCCAUGGCGGCGCUGAUCCUCGCGGCAGACAACGCCGGAGGUGGCGGGAACAGCUCGCCCAAAGACGGGAACCAGGUCCAUUCCACCACGCGGCGCAACAGCAGCAGCCCGCUCUCGCCCUCCUCCAUGAACCAGAACCGGCGGCUUGGACAGGGGAGAGAUGGUACUGGUGGCGCGGGGACAACUCAUGUGUCAGGAGGAGGCGUGGACCAAGGGCACGGACCUCAAAGCAUUCCGGACCCGUCAGUACCCGGGAGCGUACCCCUCUGCUGCACGCUCUGUCACGAGAGGUUAGAGGACACGCACUUUGUUCAGUGUCCGUCGGUUCCCUCGCACAAGUUCUGCUUCCCGUGUUCGCGGCAGAGCAUCAAACAACAAGGAUCCACCGGGGAGGUGUACUGUCCCAGCGGGGAGAAGUGCCCGUUGGUCGGCUCUAACGUACCGUGGGCUUUCAUGCAAGGAGAAAUCGCUACCAUCCUUGCAGGGGAAGUCAAAGUAAAAAAAGAGAGGGAUACUUGAUUUCCAUUUUCAACAUGGGGAAGGGAUUGUUGUGGGGGGGGGGAGUUAAAAUACAGCUAUAUAAAUAUACAAAUACCACAUACCUACUGCAUACCAUCCAAGCAAACUAAUGGACUAUGUACAUAGUGGACCCAAACCGAAGGGAGGACUGCAUACCAUCCAAGCAAACUAAUGGACUAUGUACAUAGUGGACCCAAACCGAAGGGACGACUGUAUACCAUCCAAGCAAACUAAUGGACUAUGUACAUAGUGGACCCAAACCGAAGGACGACUGUAUACCAUCCAAGCAAACUAAUGGACUAUGUACAUAGUGGACCCAAACCGAAGGGACGACUGCAUACUUCAGUAAAACAUGACUGUAAUGUUUUUAGAUUUUUUUGGGAAUACAUUGUGUUUGUAUAUUUUUGAAGAUGAAGGUAUGUAAUCAUAAUAAAAUAGGACUCUUCUUGGUC